AUGAAUGCAUAAAAAUUUUAUUAUGGAGAAGACAUUAUUGAAAAAAGCAAGGAAUACUAAUUUGUUGUUUAAACCAACAAUAGCAUCGGACCUUAGAGUGAAAAGAGAACUAUUAUUAAACAGAUUACGAAGAAUUCGUCAUAGCCCAAUCUAAGAUCACAAAUGAGUGGUUUAAAAAAUAUUACAGAAUACAGUUCAGAUUAAAAUGGAACAGAGAAGCUUCAUAAAAGAAGAACCUUUCUUAUCUAAAAAGAAUCCCAGCAGCAAGACUCUUCAGGAGGCCUAUAUUCUUCUUAGAUAAAAGUUAUUAAAGUACCAUUUAAAAAAAUACACGCAUCUUGUGAAAAUAUUCAAUUAAAAAACUUUAAGACUCAUUCCCAUAUGAAUAGUUUUGAUCAUGACUAGCAAUUCCUUCAGGCUCUCUUUUCUAAAGAACCUAAAAAGGACGAGAGGGUUGUCAGAUCAAAACUCACAAGAUCUCAACUUUUAGUGCAUGCAGAGACCUUGAAUUCUGAGGUCUCUUUGGAAAAGGGUCUGAAAUACACGACCCAAUCAUCAUUCAGAAGAGAAAGCUAAAAGGAAUUAAAAGACAAAAAAUAAGCAGAAUCUAAGCAAUACAGUUUCAAAUUGGUACUGGCAUUUGAUUAUAUGAUUCAAAUCUUUCGUAAAGAAAACAAAUUGGAGAAUCUAUUGAGCAAUGUUUAAUAAUUUGUGGGAUUCAUGAAUCUAACUUAUAAUCUAACCAAUUUGCCAUUGAAUAUAGAUGGAUUGGAAUAAAUGUUUAAAACUCCAAAGUACUUACUAAAGACUCUUAAGCCCUUUAUUCCUUAAAGUUUGGAGAAACUAUUAUUCGAAGAUAUUGAAUGUCAAAAGUUCCGAAAUCUUACAUUUCCAUUUCAAUUAUUUUACAUCUUGUUCAAUUAGUCUGAUUUGGUGGAUAUAGUUACGAAUUCAGCAGUUAAGUUUGUAAUUAAACAACCAAAGGAAUGUUAGGAGUUGUAUCAUCAGAUCGAGAAGAUACUUUCGAAUUAGAAUUUCCAUUAAUCGGAUUUUUAUUUAAUUCAAUAGUUGUUUGAAAAGCAUUAUAGUUUAAAUUAUGAAUCAUUAUUGAGUGAGGCUAAAUCAUAUUACAAGAUACAGGUUGAAUAUGAAUACGUUAAACAACUGUACUGUUUUUGUAUAAAGGUGUAAGAGGCGUUGUCUCAGAAAAUAUUACAUGAGGGGAAGAAGAAGCAAAUAUAUGAUAAAGGCUUUGAUUUCAAGGCUGCUCUAAAGAAUAUCAAAUGCAAAGAAAUCAAUCACGAUAAUUUGUUUAUGUAAUUCAUGCCUCAAAAGCAUCAGAUUAAUUCGUAAUUGGACAAUUUUGAAUAGAAAUUCGGUCGAAUUAACACUAUUUCAAACAUACAGAGAGAGCAUGCCAAAUUGGCUGACAUGAAACACAAUUAGCUUUACGAAAAGAUUCUCAGGUUAUAAAAAUAAAUGGAUUGA